AUGUCUCACCUUUUGUUCGUGGAUGACACACUUGUUUUCUGUGAUGCUGAUAGCAAUCAUAUAACAGCUUUGCGUGGGAUUCUCUCUAGAUUUGAGGAGAUGUCAGGGCUAAAAAUUAAUUUAGGAAAGUCUGAAUUGGUUCCAGUUGGGGAUGUGCCUAAUCUUCAUGAGCUAGUGGAGAUUUUGGGCUGUAGGGAGUCGACUAUUCCGCUGAAAUAUUUAGGUCUUCCGUUGGGUACUUCUUUUAAAGAUAAGACAAUUUGGAAUCCUAUUUUGGAGAAGAUGGAGCGAAGGCUAGCUGGUUGGAAGAGAAUGAUGCCCUUUGGAGAAGGGUCAUUGGGUCGAAGUAUGGGAAUGAGUGGGGUGGUUGGUGCACAAAAUCUGUCUAGGGCAUAUGGUGUUUGUUUGUGGAAGUUCAUUCGGAGUGGCGGGGGGAAUUUUUCCAAGUUCAUUCAGUAUGAAGUGGGUGAUGGAACUCGUGUGAAGUUUUGGGAUGAUGUGUGGUGUAGGGAUCAUCCUCUUAAGGAGGUGUUUCCAGAUUUAUAUAAUAUUAGUAGGACAAGAGAUGCUUCAAUCUCAGAGUUUAUGUGCUUUGUAAAUGGGAGAGUUUCUUGGGACAUUCAGUUUCGUCAUUUAGUGAAUGAUCAAGAGUCACAAUCUUUGGAUUCGUUUAUGGUUUUGAUCUAUUCCACAAAGGUGCAAGGUGUUGUUUCUGACAAUCUUUGUUGGAAGCCAGCCAGCAGUCAAGGUUUCAAGGUGAGUGGGUAUUAUCAUUCUAUUUCACCUUCUACUGGCAUUUCUUUCCCUUGGAAAAUGGUGUGGCAAUUGAAUGUUCCUCCUUGGGUAGCUUUUUUCUCUUAG